AUGAGCACCAUUCAGAACCUCAAGAACUUUAUACGUCAUGGGAAGCAAGCCCGCGUUGCCGACCCUCCCCGCGAUCAUCCCACCACCAACGUCUCUACAGUUCACGCUCAACAACAGAAGUAUCACCACGGCGUCAGCGAACCUAUAGGCAACCAUCACAGACAGCAACAGCACCAUCAAGUCCAACCUCAACCGGGUGAAUAUUCCGUCGCCGGCGGCGACAAUCGAAAUGUGGCUGCUCAAGCCGGAGGUGCCGCAGCCCACGCUGCGGGCAAGAACCAGAAGAUCCAGGCAGAUAUCGAAGCCAUUGUUGCCGAGGAGAGGGAGAAGGCCAGCAAGAUGCCCCGCUAUCCUGGUCUUGAACGAUUCAUCCUGGUCGAAAAGAUGGGAGACGGCGCUUUCAGUAACGUCUACAAGGCCAGAGAUACCCAGACCGGAGACGAGGUCGCCAUCAAGGUGGUCCGUAAGUUCGAAAUGAACUCGAAUCAGCGAGCCAAUAUCCUCAAAGAAGUCCAAAUCAUGCGCCAAUUGGACCAUCCCAAUAUCGUGAAGCUCAUUGACUUUUCCGAGUCCCGGCAGUACUACUAUAUCGUUCUCGAGCUGUGUCCGGGUGGCGAGUUGUUCCACCAGAUUGUCCGCUUGACCUACUUCAGCGAAGACCUAAGCCGACAUGUCAUUACUCAGGUCGCCAAUGCCCUGCUAUAUCUACAUGAAGAGACCGGUGUGGUCCAUCGCGACAUCAAACCAGAAAAUCUCCUAUUUUAUCCCAUUCCAUUUAUUCCAACUCGCAAUCCCAAACCCAGAGGGCCCGAAGACGAAGAAAAAGCCGAUGAGGGAGAAUUUAUUCCAGGUGUCGGUGCUGGCGGUAUCGGCCAAAUCAAAAUUGCCGAUUUUGGUCUUUCCAAGGUGAUAUGGGACUCUCAAACCAUGACACCUUGCGGUACAGUCGGCUACACUGCCCCUGAGAUUGUCAAGGAUGAACGCUACAGCAAGUCGGUCGAUAUGUGGGCUCUUGGCUGUGUGCUGUACACCCUACUUUGCGGGUUUCCUCCUUUCUAUGAUGAGUCGAUCCAAGUCUUGACGGAAAAGGUCGCCCGGGGUCAAUAUACCUUCCUAUCACCUUGGUGGGACGAUAUUUCGAAAUCAGCACAAGACCUAGUGUCACAUCUUCUGACCGUUAACCCCGACCGUCGCUAUACCAUUCAAGAAUUCUUGAACCAUCCCUGGAUUCGGAAUACUAACGAGCCCACCUAUGCUGCUGCAGAUGCACCACCUCUCGCAACACCUUUGUAUGUUCGCCAGAAGGAGAUCGCCCAAGCGGGCAACCUCCCUGCUGACUUCCUCACCACACCCAAUACACCGGGAGCAAAGCGAGCAGACUUCCGAUCGCCUGGAGCUGUCAACCUCCGUGAAGUAUUUGACGUUGGUUAUGCCGUACACCGACAGGAGGAAGAAGCCAAGAGGAGAAAGAACUUCAAGCAAGGCUACCGAGGAGCAGGAAUGCCUGGUGGACUAAAUCCUCUGAAUGAAGACGAAGAUGAUGAGGACGAAGAUUACGAAGAAGAAGUAUCCAGCAAAGUUCCGAAGAAUCAGCAACCAGCCGACGUGUCGAGUAUGGAAGCCAAGAUGCGUCAAACCAAUCUCGGAACGCAACCCUCUGCCGCGGCCCAAGCACGCGCAGCAGCAGCACCUGCCAGAAGCCAACAUCAUAAUACUCAGCAGGAGCAGAGAGGAUACGGCCAGCAUAGCGCAGCAGUGGCGGCGGCAGCCAAGCAGAGCGUUGGGCGGCGGAACAAGCAGCCAUUCGAAUUGAGUCUGGACAACUCCACGUUGCUAGGCAGGAGAAACAAAAUGGUAGCAGCCAACCCGAAUGAGCCAUCUAAAUUGAGAGAGGAGCUGAGUGUGAGAUGA